UUAUUUUCUUCUCCGUUUCUCACUGAAAACAAAGUUUUAGGGUUUUUGCAAUCGGAGGUUUUGAAGGCUACAAUGGCGGAAGAGCACAAGCACGAGGAAUCGAUCAUGGAGAAGAUCGCGGAGAAGAUCCAUGGCCACGAUAACUCUUCUUCUUCAGAUUCAGAUGACGAGAAGAAAGCGUCGUCUAUCAAGACGAAGAUCUACCGCCUCUUCGGAAGAGAAAAGCCUGUCCACAAGGUCUUCGGUGGCGGAAAACCUGCUGACAUAUUCCUAUGGAGGAACAAGAAGGUUUCAGGAGGAGUGUUGGGUGCUGCAACUCUCUCCUGGAUCUUAUUCGAGUUACUCCAAUACAACCUCCUCACUCUCUUCGGCCACGUCUCGAUCCUUGCUCUCGCUGUGUUGUUCUUGUGGUCUAGUGCUACUACCUUCAUUCACAAGACGCCUCCUCAUAUUCCUGAAGUGCACAUCCCCGAGGAUGUUGUUCUCCAGCUUGCCUCUGGGCUCAGGAUUGAAAUCAAUCGUGGUUUUACUCUUCUUAGGAACAUCGCAUUAGGAAGAGAUCUCAAGAAGUUCCUUAUGGUUGUUGCUGGGUUGUGGGUUUUGUCCAAAGUUGGUAGCUCAUGCAACUUCUUGACCUUGAUCUAUAUCGCAACUGUUCUUCUCUUCACUGUCCCCGUGCUUUACGAAAAGUAUGAGGAUAAAGUAGAUGACUUUGGUGAAAAGGCAAUGAAGGAGAUCAAGAAGCAAUACGCGGUGCUCGAUGAGAAGGUUUUGAGCAAGGUGAUGAGCAAAAUCCCCAGAGGAGCCUUCAACAAGAAGAAGGAUUAGAAGAGUGUGUAAGUUUCUCUCACAGCAUCAUAUCAUCAUCUGAGUCUUCCAGAUUGAUAGAUUAAUCUCGAAGCAUUGUUUCUUUACUUGUUAUUGGAAGCUGUCUUGGUUAAAUAAACCCUUUAGUCUCUCUCUGUGGAUUUUAUUCGGGGUUUUAACCAAAAUUUACACAACAUAUGAAUUUGAAUGAACCCUAUUAUUGUUGAUUCUGUUAUGGAAUACCAUCGUCUUCUUUAUGAUA